GAUUAACAGCAUUUAUAUUGAUUGUUUAAAUAGAUGGGUUCAUUGAAAUGUUUUAUCUUAGGAUUUCAAGAAUUUCUUACAACACCUCUACGUUUAUGGAGAAUGCAUUAUCAUUUAACACAAUUCACAUCAAAUAAUGUACAUAAUACUAAAAUUCAUGAACACCAACGUGAAAGACAAAAACGUUUACAAAUUCGAAUUCCCAGUUCAGAUAGAUUAACAAAUAUUGCAUCACAAAUUGAACAUUAUUCUUCUUCGUAUUAUUCGUCAAGUGUUGAAAAGUUAUCGAAAUCCAAUAUUGAUUCAGGUAUUUCACCUUCGAAUUUAUCACCAUCUUCAUUACCAUCAUCACCAGAAUUGUCGUCGUCAUCAUCGUCAACAACAACAACAUCUCAAAUAAAACGCUCAUCAUCAGAUUCAUUGGGUUUAUUGGAACCAUUAGCACGAGUGUGGUUGAUCAAUGUAGGAUUAAUAUUGGUAUUAGCCAUAGUCUUGUAUAUCUUUUCAUUGAUUCCAUUGAACCCAUCACUUGUCUUAUGGUUCAAGUCUUCACGUGUCUGUCAAUUCGUUCACCGAUUAUGUUCAUGCAGUGUGCAUAUAGCAUUGCUCUUAUUUAUGGAAUUAGUUAAUCUUUUAUAUUUAAAAGUAAGUACAACAUUUGAAGGUUUUCUAAGUCGAAUUAUUGAUAAUUGGACAUAUUUCUUUGGUUAUGGUCUACCACUUGGUUGUGCAUCAAUUAUAUUUCCACAUUUUAUUGGUUGGGGCGGUGUUAUUCUAGCCAUUGGUUAUCCACUUCUUGUUAUUGGUGCAUUAGGCAGUAGUAGUUGUUUGCAUCCAUUCGAUAUGAUGAAUAUGAAUUUAAAAAAUGAAUGGAAAUUAUUUCGUUUAUUGCGUUAUUGUUUAAUGAUUUCACUUCGACCAGCAUUAUGGAUAUCGAAUUUAGUUGUACAAACUACAGCAUGGUUAGUUUAUCAAUUUUGGUUUCGACAAAACUAUUCACUUCAUGUUGAUUGAUAAUAACCUAAUGCUGGUAAUAAUAUUGAACGUUGACAAUGAUAAAAUAGAUUUGCCCUUGAAACAAUGAAUAGAUCAUAUGUUUCAUGUAUACAACAAUGAUUGCGUUCAAGGUCAUUUAUUUCAAUGUUCAAAGUUUCGUUCAUUCAUUCAUUCGUUUAAUAAUGAGAGAAUAUGUUUGGUUUGGAAAUUUUCAAUGUGAAAACCUGGGAAUGAAUACCAGAUUGACAUAUAUAUAUAUUGACUUUUAUCUAUUUUCUAAUCCCAUUUAGAAUUUCAUUUUUUAUUUAUUUUUUGGUUCUCAGAUAAUAAUAAUAAUAAUGAUA